GGAAGAUAUAAAACUGCCAAUAAAAGAGCGCUAAUACUUAAGCGUCAGAAACAUACAAGAAAACCAGGCACGAACUUUACAAUUAAAAAGAAGAAAUUCCGAGUUCAAUAACUCGAAGAACGAAGAAAAAGAAAAAGGGCAACGAAAAAGAAUGAAACUCCGAACGGCGUAGACACAACAACACUUCGAUUCUGCUGAAAGGGCGAACGAAACGGAGCGACGAAACACAGUGAAAUCAUAAGAAGAAUACUGAACUAGGAUAGCCGCAUUCCUAAGCCAUAAACUCGACAAAGGAAUACGUAAAAACGCAUUAAGGCGGAUAAAAGAAGAUUGAAUACAACGCAGCGAGGACUGACGACGGAUUUCUUCAAUCAACCUGUGAGCGCUAAACUAUCAUAAAUCCUGAGAUAGCGCCCAUUUCUCCAUACAUCGCUACGAUUUUUCCCCAUGGAUAAGGUGCACUGGACUCCAACCGUGGUGUGAACGACGGCAGCACACGGACAACGCCACAACAAAUGAAACAGAGGCAGAGCCGGACGACGACGCAGAAGUGAUCGGCAACAAGCAACAAGAAGAAAAGUUUAAAGUAUCCUGAUAGAAUAACGUCUGAAAAUAAAUCAAAAUAGAAAAUUCUCACACUGCAAUAAUAUAAAAAUGUUUUUAUAAAAUAAUUCAUAAGUAGUUUUGAGAUAAAAUUUUUCUUUGCCGUAAAGUUGUAAGAUAAAAUAAUUUUUUUUUGCUUCAUUGAUUGUGAUAAAUCUAGAACAAUAAGAUAUUGUCAUUCAGUUCACAAAGUGCAGUGGUGUGAAUAAGGAAUAACGGCAUACACUAAUGUUAAUGUUUUUCCAGAUUGAAGGAAGGAAACACUAGGAAAUAAGAUUAGAUAGGAAAUCUAGGAAUCGCAAUAAGGAAGACAGACUCAGUAUGAAGAUAAUGAAAUGGAUUUCACUAUGGCUCAUGGUGAGCGAUAUCUGCAUCUCCCUCUUGCAAAUCAAGAAGGGAGCCAUCCUAAAAGAACAUGGUCAUGUGAAGAUGAUACACGACAUAGCAGUUGUAACCAUCAAUAUUACAACCAUAGAAGAACAGCAACAAGAGCUUAAUAGUUUAAUGGAUAACAUUGAAGGUCUCAUGUCUAAUAACCAGAACAAUUCUAUUUUAUUUAAGCUUAGGGAAGAUAUUAGUCAAGUGUUACCCAAGAGGAUUAACAAAAGAUCAUUAUUACCGUUUAUAGGCACAGCCUUAAACACUUUGUUUGGUGUAGCUACUGAUGGUGAUGUAGAUAAAGAUAGGGCUAGAAUAGAAAAAUUAGAGUUAUGGGCCGCGGAACGAGGUACCAUCAUGACUAAGGUCAUUGAUGCAACUAACAAGAACCAGGAUUUGAUUGUUAAACUAAAGGACUUUGUAAACAAUAUGGCUCAGAAUAUUACUACAGAGAUAAAUGACUUAAACAAGUCACAGUAUGUAACUAAGUUAUUAUUUGAAACAGAAACCUUUUUGUUGAAUCAUAAGGAACUGCUAAAUGCAGUAAUGUUAGCCGCUAAAAACAUUUUAUCACCAUACCUCAUCAGUCCUAGUGAGUUGCACCUUGUAAUUGAAAAAUGUAUGUUAGAUCAUCACUUCAAACCGCUGGUGCAAGAUGUUCUUACUUACUAUAGCUUGAUUAGUGUAAAAAGGGUUUCUGAUCACAUUGUGUUGGUGAUACCCUUCAACAAUAAUGAAGUUAAUAACUUAAUUUCCAUUUACCCUUUCCCAAUGCUAGUAAACAACAAGUCAAUUGUUUUGAACCAAGGCAUAGUACAUUUUGCAUUGCAACAAAAUUCACUUCUGUUGGUGAAACUAAGUGAAAAAGAUUUUGAUGAUUGUAUCAUGCUGGAAACUAAUGAGUUUGUUUGUAAUAUACAGGGUUUUUAUCAGCCACUUAACAAGUUGUAUUGCAUUGAUGAUGAUUUAAUGACAGGAAUGGUGAGAUAA